AUGAAUGGAAACUUUGGAGGUGGCAACAGGCAAGGUGGAUGGUCUCAGGGUGGGCCUGGUAACAAACAAGGUGGCAACUUUGGUCAAGGAGGAAAUAAGCCUUUCGGCCAGAAACCUGGAGGUCCAGGAGGGCCAGGUCCAAUCAGGAACCAACAGCGUAACAAUAGAGGUCCAAAUCAAGAUGGCAAACCAUUGCAGAGGGAAGAACAUAUGCUUGCCAACAAACUUAAAGAUUUAGUUGGACCAAUACUUGAUUUGCACCCAAUAGAUCAAACGGAAAUGAAAUUCAAUGGCAGAAGCAGACUGUACAUUGGUAAUUUGACUAAUGAUGUUACUGAGGACGAAAUUCUGAAUCUAUUUACUCCAUUUGGAGAAGCUGCUGAGCUAUUUUUAAAUAAAGAGAAGAACUUUGGAUUUAUCAAGAUGGACUACAGAGUCAAUGCAGAAAGGGCAAAACGUGAAUUAGAUGGGAAGAUGAGGAAUGGCAAGACUUUACGAGUUAGGUUUGCCCCACAUAACAGUGCUAUUCGUAUCAAAAAUUUACCGCCUUUUGUUUCCAAUGAACUACUAUACCGUGCCUUUGAAAUCUUUGGGAAAAUUGAGAGAGCUUAUGUCAGAGUAGACGAGCGCGGGAAAACUCUUGGAGAGGGCGUUGUGGAGUAUGCCCGGAAGCCUAGUGCAUUGGCGGCCAUUCGUAACUGCAGUGAAAGAUGCUUCUUCUUAACUUCAUCCCUUCGUCCUGUUAUUGUGGAGAGCUAUGAGGAACCUGAUGAACUAGAUGGUUACCCAGAAAAGAAUUUGCCUAAGAAGCAUCCAGAAUUCCAAAAGGCUCGUGAGAUGGGGCCUCGUUUCUCAGAAUUGGGAAGUUUUGAACAUGAAUAUGGUACUAGGUGGAAGCAAUUGCAUGAACUUCACCGUCAGAAGGAAGAGGCGCUAAAGAAAGAACUGGCUGCCGAGGAGGAGAAGUUGGAAGCUCAAAUGGAAUAUGCCAAGUACGAGCACGAGACUGAGCUGCUCCGCGAGCAACUGCGGCAGCGCGAGCAAGACCGCGAGCGCCAGAAGCGCAGCUGGGAGAUGGCCGAGCGCGCCGCCGACGAGCGCCGCGAGCAGGAGCGCGCGCAGCUGCUGCGCCAGGAGGAGGAGCUGUCGCAGCGCAUGCGCAACCAGGACGACGAGCUGCGCCGCCGCCAGCAGGAGAACACGCUCUUUGUGCAGGCACAGCGGCUUAACUCUUUGUUGGAUCGGCAAGAACAGGGCAUGUUCGAUCAACAGCAGCCAAUGGAUGGAGGCUUCAGAGACCAGUUCGACAUGCCACGAGGAGGGUUUGACGACCAGAACCGCGGCUGGGACGGACCGCGACAAAUGGACGAUUACCCUAACAAACGCCGUCGAUUCUAAACGUUACGGCUUCUGAGGCCUGUUGGUUCCAGAUCAAAUUAACCCCCAUAUUAUUUGCUAAGCCAUUGAUUAGGUUUCUAAAUGCUUUUGAGUGCAGUCGUUUUGUUACGUUUUAUCACAAAUAUUUAUAUUAGUGGUCCAGAAAACUACGCGAAAAAUCACAAGUUCAAUUUGCUACAAUUUCAGGUUUAAAGUAACUUAACAUAAUAAUGUUCAUACUUCAAUGAGUUUUUUUACUGAGAAAUUAAUUAUAGAUUUAUGCCAUGGGCAUAUCAUGCCGUGGUUUCAAAGUUUGCCUCCUAAAGUCUAAAAACCUGAUCAAACGAACUUACUCUAAGUGAAGUUCGACCUCAAUUAUCCUUGCUUCGUAGGAAAGAUUUCAAAAAUAAUAUACUAAAUAUUAUUUUUUAUCGUUGGCACUAUAAUUUUUACAUAACCGGUCGUAUUUCAUAAGCAAUCUUAGUAUCUUGAUUCGUAUCUAGUCGCGACAGUAGAAUAUCCUAAAUUUGGGCUAGGUAAGUAAUUGCAUAAAAAAUAUAUUUUAAAUAAUGAUUAAGUUAAUAAUAACAUAAUAAACUUAGUUAUUUUAACCAUAUUCAAGAAAUCCUGACUUUAAAAAUAUUACUCUUAUGACUUGGGGAAAUAGUUUUCUGGACAUUUUCUUCUAACAAAUUCAGAUUUUGUCUUAUUUGUAUUUAUUUCUGUCGUUACACAUUAUGUAUUAUAGGUUUGUAUUCUUAUAACGGAUCUAAUUGAUGGCGAGUAAUUAAAUUACGGCAUUUGCCCUUUUAUAAUUAUAAUAUUAGAAGUAAAUAAUAAAUAAAAUAGUUGUAAGAUAAUAAUUUACAUUACGAUAGAUUUAUUGUCACUAAAAUAGGAAAAAACCACCACAAUCUAGGACAUAUUUUUAAAAUAUGAGACUUCAUUACUUAAAUGAAAUUAUAAUUUAUAUUAAAGUAUUAGUUUGAAAUGUGGUUUUUGUUCUUUUUUGUCACAAUUGAUUUUAAUAUUGCCAAGAUAAGUAGGUACUUUGAUAAUUUUGACGUACGACGAAGAAAUACCAAUUGACCAGUAUGUUUAUUUCAUCAGUAUAAAUAUGCGGGGCUAACACGGAUUUAUUAUCAAUUUAUUUAUAUUAUGGGUUUCUGAGAAACGUCGUUAAGGAUCAUGCACAAAUUGAAAUCGUCGAAAGUUAUACCCACGAUUUUGCUUAAUUUUUAUCCGUCACUCCAUGUAGGACUUGACUAAGUAGUUAACUACUGUAUGAUUCCCAAAAGUUUUCUGGAACUAGACUGAAGACAGAAUAUUCUUUCAGAGUCUGUGAACGGACAUUGGUUAAAGUAAAUAAUAAGAAAAAAAUAUCUUUAUGGCUGGUUACUUCGUCGUACGAACAUUUAAACCACAUCAUAAAUAAACUCUCAUGCUUUAAACGGUAGUUAUUAUAGUAUCCUUCUUAUUAAUAUUAUUGAUAGUAAAUAUCGCCGUUUUAACUAUUUUGUGGCACCGCAGACUUUAAAUAAAUUCUUAUUCUUAUUCUUUAAAAUUAAUACACAAACAUGCGUUACGAACAAUUCUCUGUUCGUAGAACGAUUCUCUUUGUAUAUUUGAGUUGGUUGAUCUGUAAGUUAUUGCGCAAUAUUUUUUUAAAAGAUUAUGUAUUGUAAUUGUAAAGAGUGUAGUAAAGUGUGGCAACACUUAUAAAUAUUUCGUAAUUUGUCUUUUUUAUAAAUAAAUUAAGAUUACACAUAGUAUCAAU